UCGCUCGCCGUAGCUACACUGUGGACAUGGUGGUAGUCGGUUAGCCUGCUGCUAAAGCCAUUACAGGGCUGUCUCUAUUAUCAUGGCAAAAUGUUCGGUAAUAAGUAAUACUUUGCCUGUUGACGAAGGAGGAUGUGGAGGGGAUGUGGCUAAAUAAUGGGAAACGUUUUUGGGAGAAAGAGUCGACCUUCGCGUGUAACGGAACAAGACAAAGCCAUCCUGCAACUGAAGCAGCAGAGAGAUAAACUGAAGCAGUACAAAAAGAGAAUCACCCUACAACUGGACAAAGAGCGACUUCUGGCAAAGCAGUUGCUAAAAGAUGGCAGGAAAGAAAAAGCACUGCUGCUUCUUAAGAAAAAACGGUAUCAGGACCAGCUACUAGACAAGACUGAAAAUCAGAUUUCAAACCUAGAGCGCAUGGUUCAAGAUAUCGAGUUCAUGCAAAUUGAGAUGAAAGUCAUCGAGGGGCUCAAGGUUGGCAACGAUUGUCUGAAGAGUAUGCACGAGAUCAUGUCAAUUGAAGAUGUGGAGAGAAUCCUGGAUGAGACCCAGGAAGCAAUUGAAUAUCAAAGGCAAAUUGAUGAAAUGCUGGCUGGAGCCCUGACGCAGGAGGACGAGGACGCUGUUUUAGCAGAGCUUGAAGCUAUCACUCAGGGAGAAGACGUAGCACUUCCAGAGGUCCCCACUGAGCCAAUACCAGAGGUACCAGAGGUCCCAGAGGCAGCUAAAGCUGAACCAGAGAGGAGAGAAGCGAAGAACAGGCCUGACAGAGAAAUGUUGGCAGCCUAAAACAUCUGUGGUCGGGAGUAGGCUGUCUUUGCACUGAAGGGCGCUGUGUUAAUUUCAGUAUUUCAUCUUUAAGUGUUAGCAGGUGAAGGCGGGACCUGCAGACAUCGGUGCACAUUCACACAUUUUACAGGAUCAGCACUGUGUCUGCACUCUGAGGUAUCAUACAGGCAGUGAAAUGUUCAAUUUCUCAUUUUUAGAUGUUUUACACAUUAGUUGUUUUCCAUAUUAAAUUGAGCUGUGGCAACAACAUA